AUGAUUAUCGCAUCUCGACGAAACUUACAUGACAUGAGUGUGCGAAGGGCACCGGCUACCCUAUCCAGUGGCAGCCUGAGGGUCCCAUUACUCGACUCUCCACUGCCCUCUCCCAGCCUACCAGUCGUGCUGCCCAGGCAAGGUAAAGCACCGUUACCAAGAUGGUUGAUACGGCUUCGAAGGCUCUCUGUGUGGAUUGGAUGUCUGGUUGGGAUAUUCUUCUGCAUACAGUCAUCACCCUGGUCUACACGUCUUGACCCAGUCACCCUGGCUGGUAAGGUCGGCAGCUACGAAAUUAUUGAAAGCGAUACACUACCGGAAGUUGCGGGCCCGGUUCUAGUGGAAGACUCACGCGGAAGGUCAAAGUGGACAAUCUCACUGCCUGAGAAUCUCAAUUAUCCUCUUUCUCCUUCGGAAUAUUCGAAAUUAUGCACGCAAGCCGAGGCAAUGGCGCGGCAUCUCUCUGAUGGGAAAGAACGUAAUGGAUACUACCAGGUCGAUAAGAAUUAUAUUGAUAUCGAUGAUGCAAAACUGCAGGACAUCAUUCCGUCCAAGCUGAAUGGACGUACCCCUAGAAAUGUCGCCGAUAAUGUUGUGGGCGGCGAGAAAUAUCUCAGGAUGCGAGACACAAUGCCUGUCUGCAAGAAGAGCUUGACAUUUGUGAUGCAGACGGAAGAUGCCGGUAUGGGCGCGACCUUAAUGGGCUUAUGGAUGAGCUAUGGCCUUGCAAAGAAGGAAGGAAGGUCAUUCUUCAUAGACGACAAGAAUUGGUCUUAUGGUCGAUAUACCAAAUAUUUUAAAACCCCCCCAUUGCCCGACUGUCAGCCUCCCCCAGUUUCACAUAGAACCCCAUUCCCUCACCACGCACGCCAUCUCCUCGUUUCGUCAGCUACGGCCCCAUGGACUUUUGGACAGAAAUUCAACGAGCAAUUCGAGAGUACACGGAAAGCAGGUGCCGACCGCCAGAAGGAAAUGUUCAAGUUUCUCCGUGCGGGAUACGAAGCCCUCUUCCAUAUCGAUAGCGAUGAUGCAAAAUACCUAGAGCAACGAAUGGCGGAAAUCCGAAGCUCCAUUCCAAAGGGUGGCGGACCACUAAUUAGUAUUCACAUCCGCCGUGGUGACCGUCAUCCAUUCGAGUUCCAAUUCGAAAAAUCUUAUAUUCCGCUUGAUACAUAUGUCGAGGCAGCAAAUGAUCUGGUCACUUCCUUUUUCAACCGGAAGAUUAUGUCUGCUUACAGCAUCAAUAGCAGUAGUAGCAAGAAGACCUCCCAGGCCGAAUACAGAGCUACAUCGAGCAUGAUCGUAGCCUCCGAUGAUCCAGAGACAUACUCUUCCCCUGAGAUGAGAGGUAUAGUCAAGGCCCAGUCCUACCUCUCCUUGAGCAGCAAAGACUCUCUAGAUGCUUUAUCUGAGGCAAUGGAGGAACCUAACGGCAAAUCCGCCAAGAUUGUUGCCAAAAGGCCGUUGAAAGAUCUAAAUAUUGGUUGGGAAGGUGGAUUCUUCAACAGCAUUUUCUGGUCUCUCGGUGAUACAUCACUCAUCCCCUCGGCGGAAGGCAGCCCUUCCGCAUCCCAUGGAAAGUCAUCCGUAUUCCCCCCACAUCGCGUUGUCCGCGAAUCGGAAUACGAUAGGCUUCGCUUCGACCCAUCUCCCGAAGCACUGCAGCUGCGUGAGCUAGUCGGUAAAACGUAUCUCACGGAUCUGGCGCUUCUGGCAGAGGGGGAUGGUGUUGUUUGUGCAGUGAGCAGUACUACAUGCCGCCUGUUGGCCGUUAUGCUAGGAUGGGACAAGGCAAUUGCCCAUGGAGGUUGGAAGAAUGUCGAUGGAAAAAUGGACUGGAUGGGAAUCGUUUGA